CCUGAACACUUGCAAGUUAGUGCCUGAAAUCUUGCGUUUUUAACAUGCACAAACAGGCGGUGAUUUGAUAUCAUUUAUUUUAAUAAUGACCGACAUUUUUCAGCGUUUGAAUGGAAUUAGCUGAGGGUAAGAAACCAAACAAAACCCACUGAAGGUGCUCAAGAUGUUUACCCCGAGAGAAAACCGCUGUCGUCGCUUUCAGGCCAACAUCUUCAACAAGAGGAAAUGCCAGAACUGCUUCAGAACCUUGGAUUCACACACACUCAGUGAAUCCGAUUUACACGCACCUAAACCUGUGAAAGCUGGUUGGCUUCUUCUAGCCCCACAGUGUAUUGACUUUCUGAAUCCUGCCCAUAAGAACAGGAAAUGGCAGCGACGAUAUUUCACGCUGUAUGAACAUGGGCUUCUGCAAUACGCUCUGGAUGAAAUGCCUGGAACUGUGCCCCAGGGCAGUUUGAACAUGAGCCAUUGCAGUGCUGUUCAUGACGCCUCAUCCCAGACCAGUUUCUUCAACAGUCUACGCCUUUGCUUCAGUGACCGAGAUUAUUAUAUAAGAGCAGAGAAUACAGACAUCACUGGGUGGCAAGAAAACCUGCUCGUUCACUCGAAUGCUGCAAAAACAAACCACAAGAAGAGAAGGAGAGAGUCAGCUCUCCCACUGGUAUGUGCUUUUCACCGGUAUACACAGUAUAUGCGUUAACAUUUCAGAGCUAUUUCUGUAUAGUAGGAAAAAAAAAAUCAUUCCUGGAAAGGUUUCACAA